AUGGCCACAGAGCUGGAGAACUGCUGUCCCAUAUGCCUGGAGAGCCGGGAGGAGGACAGCUAUGUGAUGCCAUGCCUCCACCAAUUCUGUUAUACCUGCAUCCUGCGAUGGGCUGAGAGCAAGGCCGAGUGCCCCCUCUGCAAGAAGAACAUCACCUCCAUCUUGCACUCGGUGCGGGAGGAUGAUGACUUUGAGGAGCAUAUUAUCCUACCGCCUGCGACACCAUCAGUCAUCAUCCACCUGAUGCGAGGAGCUCCUGGACACCCAACUGCCCGCAGCCCCCAGCACCCUGCAGCAGCCUGGCCAGCAGCUGCAAGAGCGCUGCCCUUGGCUCCAGUGGGCGGCUUCCAUGCCUACUUCUGGGCAUCCCUCUUUCGAGUCUACCCUGCUGUCCUCGGUCCAGUGCUGCCGUGGCUGCAUCAGGAGCUGGAGCAUCUCUUUGAGGAUGCCCAGGAAGCAGCAGAAGCGCAGAACCUCAUCAUCUCCAGCCUGCGAUACUUUGGCCUGGAUGAAGAGGCUCUGAUCCAGCUACUGCGGGCCUCCCUGGGCAGGUGCUCAAGAAGCUUCGUCCACCGGCUUAUUGACACCAUUGUGCGCCGGUGCAGCAGGAAAACCCGACGUUUGAUGGGCCUGGGCGCUGGCCAUGCUGCUGGGGGAUGGGAGGACAGCCCUGUGGCUGCCCCUGGCCCAGGGCGUUCUCGUGCCCCCAGACCACCCCGCCUUCCCAUCCACAGGGAGCAAGGAGCAGCCCAGGAGGACCGAGAGGAGACUGUGCCAGGGCCCUCCACGCACAGCCAGGGCAGUGAUGGCUCCCAUGGGGGGCCCCGGCGAGGCCGAAAGAGGAGGGCCAGCAGCUCCAAGGACCCUUCACAGUCCCCCAGGAAGCUACCUCGUCACCAGUGA